AUGAUGCCAUCCCAAGGUAGCUCUGACUUUAACCCUCAGCUUCAGGCUCUUAAGAAGGUGGUGGAGCAGCUGAGGAAAGAGCUGCUGGUGAAACAGGAUCAUCCAGAGGUCCAGGCCCACCAGCAGCCCCAGCACCCAGUGCAGCCUGAUGGGAAGGCCUCUGCCCUGCCUAACCUCCACACCCCACCCUCCCUACCCUCGCCUGACAAACUGAGCACACCACAGAACACGAUGACGAUCACCCCAAUCAUCGCCACUAAGACUCUACCUCUGGUACUGAAAGCUGCCACCGCUACCAUGCCUGCUUCCGCCGUGACGCUGCGACCCUCCGUCGCCAAGGUCACAGCCAUCAGCAACACGCCCAAGGCCAGCAUAGGUCACCCUGACUCACUGAGUGCACCUAUCAACCUUCAGACAUCCAGCAAGUUGACCAAUCAGGGAGUGGAGCCGGUUCGGAUAGUCUCCAAGAACACUAUAGUUGUGCAGGCCACUGCCCAGCCUAUCAAAGUUCCUCAGUUUAUCCCUCCACCUAGACUGAUGCCUCGACCUACCUUUCUACCGCAGGUUCGACCUAAACCAGCCACACCUACACCCACUUCCACGGUGCCCAUCGCCCCUGCGCCCCCUCCUCCCAUGCUGGCUGCCCCUCAGCUCCUCCAGCGGCCGGUCAUGUUGACCACCAAGCUGACCUCCACCUCACUGGCCUCCACCACCGGGCCCAUCCACCAGGUACGCAUCGUAAACGGCCAGCCCUGCGCCAGCAUCACCAAGACCCUGCCAUCUGCCCAGCUGACUGGCAUCGUCAUCACCUCGCCAGCCACCGUUACGGCCACCACCCCCCUGGCAACACAUCAGACCCUUCAGAUCAGAAGCCUCAGCCCUGACACCAAGACUGCUAAAGCUCGGGGUGUUACAGAGCCGAAGACAUCGGCCAGUGCGCCCUCCUCCCCCUUACACACCGCUAGAGGCACCCCUUCACCCCUGCUGAGGAACAAGAGAGAGGACAACCCCCAGAAACUUGCCUUCAUGGUGUCCUUGGGACUUGUGACAUAUGACCAUCUGGAAGAGAUCCAGAGUCGGAGGCAGGAGCGCAAGAGGAGAACGACAGCAAACCCAGUGUACAGUGGAGCAGUGUUUGAGCCUGAGCGUAAGAAGAACGGCGUCACAUACCUGAACACUCCUCUACACCAAGGCACCAGGAAGAGAGGUCGCCCACCCAAAUACAGCAGUGUUCCUGAGCUGGGUCUUCACACCCCAACAUCCCCCACCAGCAGUCAUUCCGCCUCCCCGGCCCACCAUCGGCCAGAGAGGGGGGGCUCUCACUUCCCCGUCCACCCCCACACCCUCCCUCUGCCUAGCCCCAGCUCCGGGGAUGGAGACAUCCAUGAGGACUUCUGCACUGUGUGCAGGCGCAGUGGUCAGUUGCUCAUGUGUGACACAUGUGCACGUGUUUACCAUCUGGACUGCCUCGCUCCACCCUUGAAAACCAUUCCCAGGGGCAUGUGGAUCUGCCCCAAAUGUCACGACCAGAUUUUGAUGAAAGAUGAGGCAAUCCCAUGGCCUGGAACCCUCGCUAUCGUUCAUUCCUACAUUGCAUAUAAAGCAGCUAAAGAGGAGGAGAAGCAGAAACUGGUGAAGUGGAGCUCGGAACUGAAGCAGGACAGAGAACAGCUAGAACAAAGGGUCAAACAGCUGAGCCAAUCCAUAACGAAAUGCAUGGAGAACAAGAACACUAUCCUGGCCCGUCAGAGGGACAUGCACAACUCCCUGGAGAAGGUCAAGGGCCUGGUGCAUCUCAUUCAGGGCAUGAACUUCUGCCCAUCCCCUGAGGCCUCACCGCCACCGCCAGCGGUCCAGACCAGCAUCACAAAUGGAGGAACAGACUGUGCCAGUGCUGACCACACGGACGACACAAGUCCUGAGGAUCACAAGAACAUAAGUAACAAAAGUAGGGAUGACCUGAACAACAACACAGACGGGGCAGCAGAGGAGGAUGAGAAAGAGGAAGUUAAAGAGAUUGACAACCUCAACAGCAGCAGCCUCGGCAAAACCUUAGCGCCUCCCCAGACUAUUGCACCGGCCCCUGUGGAUGUAGCAGAGGGGCCAAAUAACACCCACCCACCCAGUCCAGAGACAGGAACCCCCAAAUAUGGAGAGAGGGAAUGAAAAAGAUAAAGCAUCCCCAUGAAGUUGCCCAAAGUUGCCAAUGGAUUAACACACGCCAACAUAUAUAUUUUUUGGGUCGUUGUUAUUGUAGUUGUGUAUUAUUGGAUUGUCUGAGAGGACAUACAUUAUGAGUAUCUGAUCGAGAAAUGGAAAGGGACGAAGGAGGGUGAUUUAUGUACCAGUGGUAUGCCAAUCGAGGUCAAAGAUUAUUAUUCAAGUCUGAUGAUAUUGACACUCUUACUAAUAAUAGCGAUAUUGUUAAUAGUAAUAAACAUCACACCAAUGUGUGCCUCCAAUAGUCGCCAUAGCGCCUCUUUGUGGGGAUGGUUUCUUAGGGUGUCUUAGUCUGCAGCUUCAGGGGAGAUGGAUCCGAGAUGUCCAAAGACAAGACCUGCCUGCUCGCCUGAAGAUCCACCACAUACACCACACCAGAAACAAUUGGAUCAACCAAAACACCAUAGCAGCCAUUUGGAAUUUAAAAACUACCAGGGGACAAGGUUUUGUUUGCUGCAGUAUUUGUCAACAGUGAAAAUCACUGAAGUAUUGCCUGAGGGAUAUGAUUUGUCCCAAAUCACACUUUUUGUCUUAAAGGAGCUCCAGCCCACCUCCAUCCAUGUAUCCCACCUGCCCCAUUACAACCACCAAAACCCCUGACAAUACAGCUUAAAGUAACAUCACAGGACAGAUGAUGGAUCAGCAUAGGUCAGCCUCACGUUCAAGUUGUAUCCACUGUCACCUCAGUGCUGCCCAACAGACAGCUGGACAGACCGACUACAGUGGGAGGAGCUCAGCAUUCAGCUUAAGAUCCGUGGUCUUCAGCCGCAUCACAUGGACUCAUUGCAUGCUUCAUUGACGACGGAGAUGUUUUUCUUUUCAAUGUAACCUCAUCAUGACUUGUGUUGCAUUGUCCAUUGUUGCUGAACUUAGCAUUCCUUUUUGCUUGUUGAGAAUAUGAUUGACCCAUUUUUGGAGUGAUACAUUGGGAGACAUAAAAAGAAAGCUGCUGCAUCAAUAUUCCAUUUGAAUGAUAGAGUCCAUGUGAAUGCAGCUCUAGGCAUGCAUGGGGACUUUGCAACUAUCAGUUCAGAUAUUGUCUGGGAGGUUUUUUGUGUCCGUUUGUCAUGCCCCUGGGAUCUGUUGCUAAAGGAAACUAACAAUUUAUUCUGGGGGGAUCUAUUUCUAUUCAGGUCUUCCUAGUUUUCAAAUAUCAAGAUAUGCUUCUUCAAAAGUGCUUUUCUGUUUCGCAUUACUUUGGUUUCUUAUAAAAUAUAUUCGAACUGGAAAAUAAUAUGUAAAUAGCUUUGUUUUUUUAGAUGUUCCUUGCAAUUGAAUUAUCAUUCAAUAUGCUGAAUUCAUAACUGCCAAAUGCUAUUGUAUCCAAAUACAGCAGGGAAACAGUCCUAUUUUCUUAUAUAAUGUUUUUAAGGUUUCAAUUAGGAGUCCCCAUAGAUGGGCACAAAUUUUGCAUGGCCGUUACAUACAAACAAAAGAGAGUGUGGCAAUGACAUUGUUCCAAAUGUUGUUUGGAAAAACUGCCAGGAGCCCUAUAGGAAAAGCACAAGCUUGUUGGCAAAAAAAACUGGAACCGAACCACAUACACCCGUCCUGCUAUAAACAUGUCUAAAGUAAAUUUGAACAUUUUAAUGAUUAUAUUUUACACCACAACACUGACAAGUCACCUUUAAUUUUACACAUUGUUUACCCUUUUGUACAGUACGUGUAGCUUUUAUUUAUAACCUGCCAUUUUACAUGAUUAAGUCCUUAGAGUUGCAAUGAAAUGUAGAUAUAUUAGUUGUGAAACACUUGAGAAAUUAGGGACAUUAAAUGGAAAUUAAGGAAUAGGUUGCCAGUAAACAUAUAAUUUCAUUUCACCUACUUGCUGUACUACACCAUAUGGUAUGGGUUCCCCUGGGGUACCUUUUCUAGAGAGUUUGAAGUCGUUUACAAGGCCCUAUAUAUUUUCUCUGACAUGAAAUGCACCCAACCAUGGCAAUGUUUUAGACAGAUUUAAGUUUUUCAAAAUAAAAAAUCAUAAUAAUGCAAUUAACUGGAAAGCACAAGGGAAGAUGCAAAGCGGUUUUAAUCUAUAGCCAGAUCAAGAGGAAAGCAUUAGUUAAAGAAUAAUUGAUGGCCCAGUCCAGUGUCUUGUGUGGAGGCCACUCUUCCUUUGGCCUGCAGUACUUGUCAUUGUAUAGCAAUUGCCUUAAGAAAUUCUUGCUCCUCGUGAACAAACUGUGUUCGGUGUAUUGUUGGUCUUAUUUGAGUGUCUCAAAAAAAUUCAGUGAAUAAUGGAAAUAUUGUCUAUUUGUGAUGUACCAUUUCAGGAAAUCGACUUUUCUUUGCACAGAACUGAAAUGAUUGGCUAAAAUUGGAAUCUAUUGUUUUCACAAGGGGUCAGUUGCUCUGAGUCAUCAUGUAAGAGAGUUCUGAUUAGUUUUGACUUGACUUGCCAGUGUAUGAAAAAUAAGGAUUGUGAUUUGAACUACUAUUUGAGUUUUCCCUCCACCAAGUCCCUCAAAUACAAGUAAUUAGCUAAUAUUAUAAUGCACCUUUGGUUGAACACUCAACAGUGUUAUAUCAUUUAGUUCUUUCCUGUUUGUACAUUUGCCAUCUUCACAGAGCAAGAUGCAAAUUAUAAAAGUGGCAGCAGUGAUGACACUUUUUUUUUAUGGUGCAGAAGCUUAGAAAAUGUAGCUCUCAGUGCCUCAAUAAUGCAAUAGAAAUAAUAAGGAUCUCAGCAAAUACUCUCCCUAUCUUUGCUCAGCAUGGUGAGCCAAAAAAAACAACUCCUACAGUUGUCAAAACCUCAACAAAGCUAUGCCUACAUAUGCAAAUAGAUUGUAUGGACAUGAUUAUACUUAUAAAAACCAUUCCAUUUAGAACUGAAUUUAACCUUUCCAACCUUGGGAACACUUUACUUUAAGGUACCUUUCAUAAAAUAGUUAUAAGUAGUUUAUAGACUGUUAUUUAGUAGUUUACAGAUUUUAGUUUAAAACCCAUAACUAAGAAGUAACACUUUAUAGACCAGUGAUGAAGGGUAUAGGCUACCUUAAUGUAAAGUGUUACAGCAGCAUAUUGAAAACUACAGCUGUACCAUUAAAUGUUUCAUAUACUGUAUACGUACCCCAAUGACUCGUGUAGGAAAUUAAAUAUUCUUCUCAAUUAGUGACUUUUAUUGGAUCAUAACUUUGAAGGCAAAGUGCUGAAUAUUAUGGGCGUAAUUGUUUGUAUUUUCUGAUAUAGGGAGGAAAAUAGGGGAGGAUGUGGUAUGGCCAACUCAAAUAUUGUGUAGUACUUUGUGCUGUGAAAGAAAGUAAAUGUCAUGUUGUGGUAAAAAAAAAUUGGAAACAACGUUAAUAUCCAAAGAAUGAUUUUAAAGCAUUUUUUAUUUCCAUUUAUGAUGUACACCAGCUAAAUAUUAUUCACAAUGAGAGCAACCAAUUAGGAAACCAAUAUUGAGUAGAUUCUUCAUCCAUACCAGUGCAUUCAUUACUUUGGAUUCUCUGCAUAUCUUGAUUAGUUCUGAAAACAGUUAUUCUCAUGCUAUAUCAUGUCACAUCUGUGGCCUUCAAGUAUUCUAGUUGCAUUUCAUUGCCAUCGAUAUGGAGACCCCCCUUUCUUGUAAACUCUGUCCCACCUCUUACCUCAUGCACUCAUAUCAUUUCAUAAAUUUAGAAGGUUUUUUCUUAACGUAAAGCAUUCUUCCUCUUGGUUAAGAUGCAUUGUAGCAAAUCAAGCAAGUCACAGGCACUAAUGUGCUGAAUAUAGUGUAAAUGGUUUAUUACACAAACUGCAUACUCUCUUGUAAUAUUUGUCAGUUGUAUUUUUUCACAAUUUUUUUAAAGAAGUAUUUGUUUAUUUUUGACUACGGUUUUGUUACCUAUCCUUUUUGUUGCCUGUGAUCCACUGAUUUCCUUUACCUCUUUCCUGUACUUUAGUUAUUUUAUGUAGCUAUUUGUAUGCAGUGUUUGGCAAAUUCCAUUGCAGUGUCAGAGUAAGUCGAGAUUUUUGGAGCAUUCGAUCAAUUUGUAUUUAUUUAUUUGACAAUUUUUUAAUAAAAUUACAAAGUUGUAA